UGGGUAGGAGCUAAGCAGCAUGAGUUGCAGGUAAACUCUAUGCAGUUGCUGUACUAUCAGGCACCAAUGUCCUCGGCUAUGUUGUUGUUCAUCGUACCCUUCUUCGAGCCAGUCUUUGGAGAAGGGGGAAUAUUUGGGCCCUGGACGCUUUCUGCUGUGAUAAUGGUACUGCUGUCUGGUAUAAUAGCCUUUAUGGUAAACUUGUCCAUUUACUGGAUCAUUGGAAAUACGUCGCCUGUCACGUAUAACAUGUUUGGACAUUUCAAGUUCUGCAUCACCCUCCUGGGAGGGUGCCUGUUAUUUAAGGAUCCACUGUCUGUUAAUCAAGGCCUUGGGAUUCUGUGCACAUUGUUGGGUAUUUUAGCUUACACCCACUUCAAGCUUAGUGAGCAGGAAAGCAGUAAGAGUAAAUUGGUUCAGCGUCCAUAAAGCCAGGGUUUCUGGAGAUUAAUAAUAUUGUGAAGGAAAACAAGUAUUUAAAUAUGCAUUGAUUGUAGAAUGCACAAAAUUGCCUCAUUCAUUUAGACCUACGGUUUUAGUUUAACCGCCAGGAUCGUUAUUCUGUAACUAAACCAAACAAACUGAAUUUAUGUAAAAUGCUGGGGGUUUGCCAUCUCAGUCCAUCCUAUCGUUUUCAUUCAAUUUAAAUGGUAAC